AUGGAACUUAAUAUCGAUAGUCGUAAGAACAAAAAAAAAUCUAACGAUGAGGAAGGUGAACCACCUAAUCCAAUUUCUGGUUCAAAAACCGAAGUAAAAUUUGUUUAUAGUGAUGAAAAAAUUGAUGAUGAGUUUGAGCAAACUAAGUUUAUAUACGAUGAUGAUAAGAAAACUAAGUUUAUCUACGAAGAUGAGAAAACCGAAGAUGAUGAAUUUAUAAACGAUUAUAAGAAAACAAAGUUUAUUAAUUAUGACGAGGAAACCGUGUUUAUUUACAAGAAACCUGAAGAAGAUAAGUUUAUUUAUAGCGAUGAGAAAAUCAUGUUUAAAUAUGAUGACGAGAAAACCGAAGAAGAUGAUUAUAACUAUGGUUAUGAGAGUACUGAGUUUAGUUACGGUGAUGAGCAAUCCAAAGAUAGGCUUAGUGAACAAGAUAAAAAAUCCGAAGAUAAGUUUGUUUACAGUAGUAAAGAUUCAACUGGUGUUAAAUUUGAUUACGAUGACGAAAAACCAGUCGAUGAAGAUAAAUUUGUUUACAAUGAAGAAAAAGCCGAAGGAAGUUAUUUGGUUUACAAUAAUGCUACUUCCGCGUCAACUGUUUACCCUAACCAACCUCGUCAAUCUCGUGACGAAUCAUAUAACAGCACCGAGAAACCAAAUGUUCAAUAUAAGAGCAAGAACAAGAGCACUUUUUCAGAACAAGGAAACAUUAUUAAUGAUUCAAAUGAAAAUCUUGGAGAGAAAUUUAAGAAUGAAAAUAAAUCUUUAAAUAAAGGACGACUUACUGAAUCAACAACUGAAUCGAUCCAGAUUAAACCGAAUCUAAGUAAUGAAGCUCGUACGGGAUAUUCAGAUGUCAGCUCAAACAACGAGCCACCACUAUCUAAAUCGCAAAGGAAGAAACUUAAUAAACAAAAAAAACAAGCUGAUGAUAUGCAAGCCAAGGGUGAAUUUGUUGAAAAACGAGAACAAAUUGAUGAUAAGCAAGCUCAAGGUAAAGAAGUAGAAAAACGAGAACAAAUUGAUGAUCAGCAAGUUAAGGGCAAAGAUGUUGAAAAACGAGAUCAAACUAAUAAGCAAGCUAAGGUUAAAGAUGUUGAAAAACGAGAUCAAACUAAUGAUAAGCAAGCUAAGGGUAAUGUUGUUGAAAAACGAGAACAAGUUGAGAAUAAAUUUGUUGACAUCGUAUUUCAUUUGCAUUUACCUAAGGCAAUUACUGGGAAGCUUGUUGUACUCGGUAAUAUCAAAGAACUUGGCAAUUGGAAUGAACAUAAAGUGCAACUUAAUCAACAUAAGCGAGGUUUUUUUCCUCAACGUCGUAUAGCCACUUCUUAUUGGUAUUCGAAUCCUGUUCGUAUCCCAAUGGUAAGGUUUCAAAAUAUUGUUAGAUAUAAGUAUGCAGUAUUUGAAUCUAGAAAAAAUGGUAAAAGAACCGACACGCGUUUAUAUUAUGAAGGGAAAGACAAUAAGGACGAUCGUGUGCUAGAAUUUCAAUGUCAAAACCAAUUUGAUAUUUGGAAAAAUAACGCUGAUUUCAAUGGACGAGUCACGGAUUAUAUGUUCUUGAAAGUCAUUUAUGAUUCAGUAAAUGUAGAAAAUUUCAAGGAAAAAAUUUUAGAAUAUGACAGUAUUUUAAAACAGCAUCACGAAUUAACAUUAGCCGAAACGAAUAUUAAAUUUAUUAGCGAGCAUGCGGUGGAUAAGAGUAUUGCUAAACAACAUUUUCUAUGUUUUCUUUUAGGACAUUGUCGUCCUAAUAUUACUGGAAAAUUUGAAUUUUCAAAAGAUUUUAAUUCAACUGCUUUUCUUAAAACUGCUUUCAAAGUUCAAUCAAACUCAUUCCCAUCCGAUGAUAUGCGUAUCGUAUUAAAAGGGAUUGACUAUUUAAUUCAUCACAAUAUUGAUAAUGGAUUACACGACUGGCUCCCUAUCUUUACCUUGGCGCCGUUGAUCGACCCACAGUAUAAGUUUAUGGAAACGAUAUCCCUUGUUAAGUGUGAUGAAAAGUAUAUCGAAAGUUGUUUCGAAAAUAUAUUGAAAAAUAAAUUUAAUGAAAAUACUUAUGAGAGAAUUAUUAAGUGGUUGAUUGACCAGUGCAACAAAAUGAAAAUGUUUUCAACCAUUUGGCAAUCUAUUAAUCAUUCUGAUAAGCUUGACAAGCAGAUUCAACCAUAUUUUGUAGGAAGAAUUGAAAAAUAUAUAUCUAAGGAUGAUCUCGUUGAUUUACACAAAAAUUUUAGCGAGCUUCCCGAGGCAAUUGGAAGUUUAGUCGCUGCACCAUUUAGAGAAAGAACUCUUCAAUUAUUAACCAAUAGCCGUAAUUCUAUUUGGAAAGGAUCUCGUUCCGAAUCUCUUUUUUUUCUUAUAAAUUCCGCAAAUUUACGUUGGACAAAAGAUGAAUAUAUUAUCGUAUUGGAAACAUUAUCAAACUUAGAAGAAUAUCAGCUAUUAAGCGUGUUUCCAUUAUUGUUUAAAAAUUGGAUUUAUAAAUUCAAAGAUACCAAAGAUGAGAAAAUAAUUCAAAUUUGUGUUCAAUGGUAUAAAAACCUUAUUAAAAGCAUGGCUCUUAUAACAUCAUCCAGUACAGCACCUCGUGAAGUAGAAUUCAUAAUCUCGGUCUUUGAGAAAUUGUCCAUGAUCGGUUCAUUACUUAAUGAUCAAAUCAUCUUGGAUAAAUUAAUGUCUUUAACGUUCGAUCGAAUUAAAAAAUGUGUAGAAAGAAACAUUUUUGCUGCUACAACUGGAGUUGCAAAGUUUGGCCAAGUAGUGCGCCUCGUAUUUACGAAAAUUAUUAAAGAAAAGAUUGAUCUAAUGAGAUUGGACUAUGAUGAAUUAUUACUAAAGAAAAUGAGAACUGUUUGUGGUUGUGGUAACAAUUUAGAGAUUCCCAAUGA